CUUUUUUUCAUUUCCCUUUUCUUUUCUGAACCUCGUCCUCCACAUCUCUCAAUUCCUGCUUCCCUCUCUUUUUCUCUCCAUCCCUCAUUCUCCUCCCUCAAAACGCUCGACCAUGGCUAGAGGAAAAUUCAAAAAACCACAGCGUGGAGGCGGUAGGACCUUCAGUCGUCGUAUCGAGGCUGUACACACCACACGACCGAAUCUGUCGUACAACGCAUCCUUCCCCCUUCUUUCCCUUCCUUUCCGCAGAACCAUGAACGUCAAGAAGCACUCAUGGAUCCAUCUCUCUCGCAGUCCGAAUCCGAGUCCGAACAUGAACCUGAACCCAGUACCCUCAACAACCACCCUGCAGAUUCGAAAUCUGAUUCCGAUUCUGAGUCCGAGUCCGAGUCCGAGUCCAAGUCCGGGUCCGCGAUGGAGCGUGCACGCGGGGAAAACGGACAGAACAAAGUGGACGCUGCCAAACAAUCGUCAACCCCCGUUCCUGGCAUCGAGAUCAAUAACCCGAACCGCCUCUCGAGCAACACCCUCUUCAACGACAGGAGACAAAACCACAGGACCCUUGACAUGAGCAUUCCCAUUGAGAUGUCCCGCAAAGAAAGAGAGGCCGCAGAAAGAGAGGCUGCAAAACAGAGGUACUGGAAACUACAUCAGGAGGGCAAGACAGAUCAGGCAAAGGCGGACAUGGCCCGCUUGGCCAUCAUUCGAAAACAGCGCGAGGAGGCUGCUGCUCAACGCCUUGCAGAAGCAAAAGCCAAGGAAGACGCUGCAGCUGCAAGGAUGAGAACCUCACUUGGACUAUGAGACCAACAAAACACGUCAACGACGUACAUGCGAGCAUGGGUAACGUCCGGAUCAUCAGUAUGAUGGUAA